AUGCUUGGCCGCACAGUCGGCGCGCUUGCCGCCCUCUCGCUAGGCGCGAACGCCAUUCUUCUUCCGCCAGGUAUCAGCAAAAUCUCCGACUCGCGUUCUGGUGCUGUGGGAAUUGCCCUCGACCCCAAAUCUCAGGCCGUCAAGGUCCACUGUUCUGAAUGCGCCUUCCCCUCGCCCCAACAGGAGUCUGUCGAGGAGAAGGGAGAUGAUGGCAUUGUCUGGAUCCAAGGCGGCUCCAAGGACAUCCUUUUCAAUUUCACCAUCGAUGGCAACGACAAGGAUCUCCUCUUGAAUGGCGUCAAGGUCUAUCCCUUCCACGGCACACUUUCAUUCGAUGAACCUACCGUUGGCCAAAUCCAAUCUUCAGCCUCCCUGGCUGACAUCAAGAAUAACCCCGAGCAAAUCACCCCCCUCCGUGUCUCAUCGGCUAGUAUGAGCGUGCACGAGGAGACCAUCUCUGCUGUCAAUGACGUGCUUGUUAGCAUCAACUACCACGUCGGCAGACUAGAGUCGCAACCUAUGGCCCUUGACGCCGUUGACCUCAAGCUCCUGAAGGGCGCUGAUGGUUCGCUGAUGAUCGUCUCGGUCGAUGCUGCUCCUCCAAAGCACCAUUCAGGUCCCAAAUUCGCACCUGGCAAGCCACCCAAGGAGUGUGGCAUGCUUCCUGCUGCUCUCUGCAGGUGGAAGUCUGUUGUUGAAGACAAAAUCUCCAACUUCAAGCCCGGUAUGCCUCACGCCCUCGGUGGCUGUGGGGGUCGCAAGCCUCCUCACAAGCUGCCAGGCCACAUCAGACCUCACCUUGAGAUGCACCCUGACGUCGAUGCCCGUCCUGACCGCCAUCACCCUCACGGCCCUGGUGCUCAUCCCCGCCCUCACCACGGUCCCCACGGUCCUCAUCACCGUCCUCAUCACCACAGACACCACCAUCUCCUCCCUGCCUUUUUCCACGGAUUCGUUGCCGUUCUGAUUCCUGUCAUGGCCGGUGUGACUAUGGGCAUGGUCGUCAGCCUGAUCGGCAUGCUCGUUGGUCGCUUGAUCUCGUUCUUGUGGAUCAAGUUCGGUCGCGGAGGUCAGCGCGGCUACGCUAGUGUCGCUCAAUCCGAGCAGGACACCGAGAACGCCGAGAAGGGCGUCGUCGUUGUCGAGAGCAAUGUCGACGAAGAACCUCUUCCCAAGUAUGAAGAUGCGCCUGCGUAUGAUGAGAAAGACCUUAAGUAG